AUGAAGGCCCAAUCUAAUCGCACAAGUACCAAGGUCGGUCACCGCCGCUCGAAUUCCCGUCAUAAUGGGGGUACGAACGGUUUAGGUGGAAGAGCUAGUCCUGCCGCAACCAGUACCAGAGGUUCAAGCCUGGACAGUACAACAACAUGGCAGGUAAACUCCAAUGAGGAUCAAGGUGACAAUAGAUUGAUUCUCUUGAUUGCAAAAUCUCAGGGCAAACCAUGUGUGGCCACUACGACUGAUGGGUCUCGCUAUCGUGGUUUAUUAUUAGGCACGGAUAUGUGGACUUCUGGUUCCCACUCAUCUAUCUCGGUGGUUAUUAAGCAGCCUCAGUUGGUUAGUAAAAGCUUGAUUAAUGAGAAAAACAACCUUGAUAAAUUGCCCGAACAGCUUGUCAUCCAGGCCAAAGACUUGAUUGAUUUGGAGGUUGACAUUAACAUCAGUGAACCGAUUAAGCACUACAUAAAGGAGGAAUUCAAAACUGACGCUGAUAUCACCAAUAGUCGUGAUAAAGUUAAAACCUUUGAAGAACGUGAGUUGGUUAAAUGGGAGCCCGAGGAAGAAGAAGGGUUGCAAAAGUUGACUUUAGAAGAUGAAGUUGCCACAAGAAAUGGUAACUCGCACUGGGAUCAGUUUAAAGUGAAUGAGGAGAAAUUCGGUGUUGAAAGUACUUAUGAUGAACACUUGUAUACUACAAGAAUUGACAAAUCGGCGCCUGACUAUGAACAACGUCUUGCAAAGGCUAACCAAAUAGCCGCUGAAAUUGAAGGACAGACAACCACCGAUCGCCAUAUUUUGGAGGAAAGGGGUAUCCAAGUAGACGAUAGUGGUAUGGAUGAGGAGGAUAAAUAUUCCGGUGUUGAUAGGAGAGGAAAUGAAUUGAUGGCUGCUUUGAAGAUGAAUAGUAAGGCAUCACAAAGUGAACAAACAUCUACAUCUAGCCAGGAUCCUUCCAAAUACGUGACACCAAGACAACGUGCUGCAAAUUAUCAUAACGAUCCCGCAAUUGUCUCAAGCUCAGCCGCUAAGAAAAAUGACAAAAAGGCACCAGAUUCUGUUCCAGCAAAACCCCCAGUUCCAAACGAGGCGUUCAGACUCAAUGCAGAAAGUGAGAUCUACUCUCUCCGGCAAUUUAGUGCAAACUUCAAAAUCCCUCACAAAAUGCCCCAAGACCUUUUACCUAUUUUAGCAAAGGACAAGCUCAAACAAGAUGAGAUUUUAAAGAAACAACAGCAGGAACAAGAAGAGAAGAAGCAAGAGGAGAGGCAAAAACAGGAGGCGGAGGAGGAGAAACAGAAAGCAUUGCAGGUUUCACUGGAGAAACCAACACCCAGUGUGGUAGGACCAGGAGCGGUGCCUUCACCAGCUCCUGUGGCUUCACCUCACGCGCCUCUGGAUUCAUCAGUGCCACAACUGACCCCAUCCAGACCUCAAGUAGAAAAGAAGAUGCUGAAAACGUUCAAGCUCAAUCCUAAUGCUGCAUCCUUUACCCCCUCGCUUCCACACAAUACAUUGACGUCACCACCUAAAGCUGUAUUUAACAACCAAGUACCAGUGCAUUCACCACAUUCUGUCAGCAACAGGACUUACUCAUCUAAUAGCAGUUCGCAAGGGUCUACCAAAAGGCAUUACCAAAUCUCAGCACAAGACUUUUUUGGAGGUGCAAACAAGGUGCCAACUCAAGAAAAACAGGCGCAAAAGUUGAAAAACUUGAAAACAGGUUUCAAUAUGUUCAAUACUACAAAGUCUAAAGCUGAAGAUGCAUCUUCAGUUGUUUAUGAAAGGACUUUUCAAACUCCCCCAACAUGGGAUGCAACAAUCGAGGAAACUCAUGAGGCACUUUUCCCAAGGCCUAUGUUUAAAUCGCCCUCAUUUAUGCCAAGUCCAAUGAUUGCAACGACUGCUGCGCCAAUGCCGUACAACUUUCAAAUGCCUCCCCAGCCUCAAUUUCCUCAACAGGUUGCUCCAAUAUGGUUUGUGCCCCCACCACAGAAUUUUGGAAUGAUGCCAAAUCCGUAUCAGAAUGGACAACCAGGAAGGAGAUUUAAAUAG